CUUAAAUGGACGCAAAACAAAUGACGUCAGCCGUAUUUUCGAAAUUGAUUUUAACCAAUGCAUCACGUGGUACACUUUAUUUUUUAAAAAAAAGGUAAUGGAUAGAAUUCUCCCUCUGUAGUUAACACAGGCAGCAAACUUUCUUUUUUCGAGCUGCCCUGAAAAUGUCCUGUCUCAUCGCUACGUCUCUCGCCGUGCUGCUUGGUUUAGCAACGUUUGUAACUUCUGUCAAAGGUAACUUUUAAAUAAAUAUUUGUAUAUGACCGAUGCUUUAUGAUUGAUUCUGCAGAUUGUCAUCUAUUUGAUCUGUCCGUGAUUUUAAUUUUUGUUUGAUUAUUAUAUUUUAUUGUUGCGAUAAUGCACGGGAAUUGAUUGUCAUUUGACAUUUAAUUGUCUCUUAGCAUUUCUUAGUAUGAAACAACAUUUAAGAUGUUUCAUGUCAAUUUGCUCCCUGCGUCGUCCAUAAUUUGCUACGUAAACAUCAACUGAACAAAAAAUGUACAGUUUUCUGCAAAAAAAAAAAAAAAAAUGGAUUUAAAAGAAAAGGGUAUUUAAGAAUAAUUGAAGCUUUUUCAUAUUUUACAUUAAAGUAACAAAUACGUUACUAUUAAUUUGCUCCCUGCGUCGUACAUAAUUUGCUACGUAAACAUAAAAUGAAAAAAAAAUGUACAGUUUUCUGCAAAAAAAAAAAAAAAAAUGGAUUUAAAAGAAAAGGGUAUUUAAGAAUAAUUGAAGCUUUUUCAUAUUUUACAUUAAAGUAACAAAUACGUUACUAUGACAAUGAUUAAUACAAAGAAGUUGGGUCUAAAAAAUUUGAAAACAACAUAAUGGUUAAUUGAAAUAAUCAGUUUAAGGUGGUGAGUUAAGUCAUGAGUGUUGACUGAUGUACUUAAUUCAUAAUAUUGUUGACUGGUUUAGCCUACUUAAGUCAUGACAGUGUUGACAUGUGUACUUAAGUUAUGACAAUGUUGACAACAAUAUUUAAUAAUAUAGCAUGCAUUACAAAGAUGUGUACGAAUAUACUACUGAUUUUAAAAAAUAUAUAUUUUUAUUAUCAAAUCGCUAAUAAUAUCCCAGUACACCAACUCUAUGUGGACUAUAAAAUGGCGAAUGACAGCAUCAAAAGAAAUAUCUAUACGAGACACUGCAGAAGACUAGAAUACCCAACAAACUACAGAGGCGUAGCGAGGGUGUUUGGCGCCCGGGGACAAGAUCCAUUUUAAGGCGCCCCUUUUUCUUUUUUUUCAACUCUCAAAUCCAUUAUUUUCAUCAAAAAAAUAAUGUCAAAGCACAUUUUGGCGCCCCUAACUAGCUGGCGCCCGGGGACAUCUGCCCCCCUGCCCCCACCUCGCUACGCCUCUGGAGGCAGAUACGUGUAACAUUAAUCAACUCAAAAAGCAAAAUCAAGGUUCACGGUGAAUGGUCAAGGGGAUUCCAGAUUAGACAAUGUGGUUCACCGUCUUGUAUGCUAUUUAACCUAACAUAAGAGAGAGCUAUAAGAAGCAUACAAAUUGACACCCAAGGAACAAUAACAGUAUACUUUUUGACUGAGACCCAACCCUCAACCAAUGAGCACUCUCUACAAUCAACCCCUUCAAUGGCUCGCAUAAACUAAUGACAUAGCACUGUUAUGGAAAAGUAUUAAAGACACAUCAAAACCCUUGAAUUAGAAGACGCAUCUUUUAGCUGGAAGUUAUUAAUACAAAAAAAAAAUUUAAAAACCAAAGUGCAUGACUAUGUUAAGAGGAAACAGACGGAUGAAACUAUUACAAAUAGAACCACAUUUUAAAAAAAAAUUAAAUCAAUUCAAAUACCUAGGAUCUUUUUUAAAUUUCAUUGAAAAAAAAAAUGAAUUACUAACAGAAAUAAAAGAAAGAAUAUCAGCCGGAAACAGUUAAGGCAAACUUCAGCUGUCAGAAAAUCAUCAAAAGUAAAAACAUUACAAGAAAAACAAAGAAAUUAUUUUUAAAACUGUAAUCAGAUCAGUUGCAACACACGAAAGUCAAACUUGGACCCUAACAAAAACAAAAAAACAAAAAAAAACCGGAGGAAAAUCUUUUAGCGGAAAAUCCAAUGGACCUGCAAAGGAUGAAUAUGGGCCGGAUUAUGAGCCGACCAGGAAAUGUAAAAUUAAAUCCAUAUCAAGAUUCCUCGCUAGUGACAGAAAUAAAAAAAAAAGGUAGGCUGCGCUGGGCAGGACACUUAGAAGGAAUGUCAAUGACAUAUUAUAAGUGAAGAGGGUACAUCACCAAAACCCCAGAGGAAAAACACGGCGUAAGGGCAGACCUAGGCUUAGAUGGAGGCAUGAUGUGGGGAAAAAAGAUCUACAGCCGCUGGAAUUCCAAGCAUGGAAAAGAAAAGAGUUAGUUGAUUCUGAGAUGAAAGAUGUGGUGAGGCAGGCCAAAGCCCUACAUGGGAUGUAGCGCCACAGGGAUGGAUGGAAGGAAGUCGUGAGGCAGGCCAAAGCCCUACAUGGGAUGUAGCGCCACAGGGAUGGAUGGAAGGAAGUCGUGAGGCAGGCCAAAGCCCUACAUGGGAUGUAGCGCCACAGGGAUGGAUGGAAGGAAGUCGUGAGGCAGGCCAAAGCCCUACAUGGGAUGUAGCGCCACAGGGAUGGAUGGAAGGAAGUCGUGAGGCAGGCCAAAGCCCUACAUGGGAUGUAGCGCCACAGGGAUGGAUGGAUUGAUUCAUUACAAAAAUGCGUAAGAAUAGACUACUCAUUUAAAGACAUACAUUUAUUAGUAAAGCAAUAAAUGAAAGUCCUCAAUAAUAUAACUGAUUAUCUCAAGAACAUUAGUUGAAAUUGAUGUAUGUUAAUCAUAUUUAUAGUUUUAUUCACAUUAUUUGUAAAAAAAAAUAUGCCCAAAAUUUAUGACAUCGAAAUCUACUCUGUGAUAUGGAGUUAUGUAACCAACUGAGAUCUCUCAGCUCGAACUGUCCCUAUAACCAAUGAUUGAAAAUCUGGUUUAUUUUUUAAUAAAUUGGCUCUAGCAUAUGCUUAACGAAUAUAUCCGCAGAUGGUACGGAGGUCGACCAGUGCGGUUACCCAGGCCUAGUGGCAGUGCUGGCCCCAAAUGACGCCAUCGUCUGUAACGGCAUUCUGAUCAGCGGGACCCUGGUGGUGCCACAGAUCUGUGGCGUGGGGAUGGACGAAUUCCUUAAAUCAAAGUAAGACCUGCGUCCAGGUUGUGAGACUCACUGUUGUCGGUUUGAGCUUGCUGUCACCAUGAGUUUGUAGGUCUGUGCCCAAAUUGUAGCUGGAUGAAAGGAGAUAAGCAAGAAACACAUGUGUUGAAUACAAGAUGUGUGAGAUCGAAAGGAGAGUCAGUACAGAAGUGUGUUGAGAGAGGCUAAUCUCGUACGUCAGUCUAGGAGUUCAGGUUACUGUUGUUAGAGUUGGACAGAAGCUCUCGUCAGUGGCUUUGGGCGAACCGUAGUCUAUGAUUAAUAUGUUGUGUCUGUCACACCUGUGAUUAUCAAGAUACGAAGCAUUGUUAACUGUCAUCAGUCACAAGUAUUAGCGUGAUGAGUGUAUCAGCAGCUAUUGUCUAAAGUCACACUUGUCAAAUGCCACAGUGUCAUAUGCACACUGUUCAACGGCAAUGCUUGUUAAAUGCUACACUUGUCAAAUGCCACACUUGUCAUGUGCCACAGUUGUCAUAUGCCACGCUCUUCAAAUACCACACUUGCCAAAAGCCACACUUGUCAAAAGCCAUAUUUGUCUUAUGCCACACUUGGCAUAUGCCACACUUGGCAUUUGCCACACUUUUCAAAGGCCACACUUGUCAAAUGCCACACUUUUAAAAUGCCACACUUGUGAAAUGCCACACUUGCCUAAUGCCACACUUUCCAUAUGUCACACUCGUCAAAGGCCACACAUGUCAUAUGUCAUGCUUAUAUCCACAGUGACCUGACCCUUGUCUAUGGAAACGGAACACGAGCAACGAUUCCAACUGGAACAUCAGGUAGGUCUACGCAGGUCAACAGAUGCACGCCAUUUUGUAGUUUUGUAGUUUAACGUAGGUGCAGGCAGUGUCUGAAAUUGUCUGUUAUUUUGUUAAUAUAUGACCUAAAAUAGAGGUGAAUGUUGGACGGGGCUAGUUUUUCUUUGUAGGCGGAAAGCAUUUUUUAUUGAUAGACAGCAAUUUUAGUUGACAGACAGCAUUUUUUAAGUGACAGACAGAAUUGUUGAGUUGACAGAAUGAAUUGUUUACUCGAAAGAGAACUUAGUUUAGGUGUAAGAAAGAUUGUUUAGUUUAAAUAAAUCAUUGUUUAGUUCACAGGCAGCAUUGUUUAAUUGGCAGACAGCAAUGUUAAAUUGACAGAUAGCGUUGUUUUAAAAACAGUUCUUUAAUGGAGACCUCCUAGUAAAACAGUGUAUAUAAAUAAUUAUUAUGGGUGCUGGGUGGCCGAGUGGUCUAAACUGAGCAAAUCUCAAGUUGGUGGUCUGGAGUUCAAUUCCAACCAGAGCCCAUCUAAGAGAAGGAAACUCUGAAAUCAAACCCGGAGAUGGAGUCCCGAAAGGCGGAUAACAUUGAUACAAUGAAACAUUCCGACAACUCCUGCGACGUCACUGGUGCCAAGCUGUAUCAUCCAAUGAUGUUCCCUUGGGUUACCCAGCGGCGUGGAGAGAGUCGAUUUGCUGUUGGAAACCAGCUUAUAAGUAUAAUAAUCCCAGGCUAUGUGGAUUUCGUCCUACGAAGCCCACUCCAUCGUCACAUUGUGACGGACGGAUGCCAGCCAAAAAAAACCAAAAAAAAAAAACAUAGAAAUUAUCAACUAAGAAAUUAUAUUAAGCAUUUUAUAUGUGUUUUUUGAAAGUUAUGAAAAAAAAAAUCAUGAUGAAAGAAUUACACCCUAAUCACAUUUAUCCGGAAAACCCAAGCAUCAGUCGUUUUUAGUACGUUUUUAAUAUUGCGAAUUAAAAUUAAAAUUAAUUUGUUCUAUAUAAUCACGCAAAUGAAGUCAUAGCGUGAAUAGCCUAUUUCGCCAAAACUCUUAGGUUUCUUUAAAUUUAGCAACCACGCGUGACACAACUAAUGAAGUUUGUUCCCUUCUCAAAAAUAAAAUUAAUAAAUACAAUUGAUUGCUUUUUUAAAUUAUUAAUAAAACACACACACACAUUUUUGCUUGGUAUAAAUUUAUGCUAAAAAAGUUUUAACUAUUUUAAUUCCAAAAAUAUACCUUUAUUAAAAUUAUAAAGUAAUAAAAAUUAACCUUUUAAUAAUUCUAAUAAGAAAAAGCGGUUUAAGUCAAACAGUGCAGCGCAACUCCAUAGCCAAAUUAAUAGCAUUGACUAAUCCACUUAUAACUAAAACAAAAAGAACAAACCAUAUGAAGUGCAAAUUAUUUUAGUUUGGGUAUGGAAUGGACUACAAUCCGGUGUUAAUUUUUUCUAAAUUUAUUUACAUCUGGGUGGGGGAGGGAUUGGUCACUUUGCCCCAGGCGGCAUAAGAUACGUCCCAAAAAUAAAGGAAACGAAUUUGAUAAAUAAUUAAAAUUUUUGGGUACAUUCAUAUCGGAGUUUGGAAAUAGGAUGUGUAUAUUUUAUGUGGAUGACAACAUAUUUAAAUCCUAUGGUAUUACAUUUGUGAAGAAAGAGACGCUACAUUCUUUUUUUUUUUAACAAAUUUUGGGUACGUUCAUUUUGUCCAAAGCAGCGCAAGAUACGUCUCAAAAUAAAGGAAUGAACUUUAUAUAUAAUUAACCCUCUUUGGUACAUAUAUAUCGGAGGUAGGAUACAGGAUGUGUACAUUUUUAUGUGGACGACUAUAUAUUUAAAUCCUGUGGUAUUACAUUUGUGAAGAAAGUGAUGUUAAAUUCUCUUUUUACAAAUAAACACGUGUUUACCAAUAAUGAAAAUCAAUGGCGUAAACAAAUCUUUGGUACAUUUAUAUAAGUAUAUCCAUGGAUAUCAAAAACCAAAUCAUUUUACACACUUAAAAAUUAAAUUAUGAAAAAUAAAGUUGGUUAAUAUUAUUUUUUAUGAACAUAUAUUUUUGUUUUCACUUAUCAAAAAAAAAAAAAAGGGGGUAUGUAUAAGAUUAGCAAUUUAAUUUUUUUUUUAAAGACAGGCAAAUCUGAUAAAGGCGUGAAAAAAAUUUGCGAGAGUCUUCUUAGAUAAAAUAAUUCUUUUUUUAAAACGAUUUUCCGAUAAUGUAUAAUUUAAAAAAAGGCAAAAGUGUGUUUAAAUUUUUGAUGAAGAUAUCAAUUUAUAUCGGAUUCCUUUAAUACAAAAUAUAUUUAUAUCAUAUAUAUAGUUUAUGUUGUGAAUUUAAGAUUAGGUUAUUAAAAAUUUUGAGAGAAAAACGUUUUAUUCAAGGGCACGAAAAGGGGGUAAAUCUAAAUAUUUCUCUAGCAUAGUAAUUGUCCCUCAAUUAACUUCUGUAGUGACAAAAGUGAUAUAAUUAGUGAUAAUUUAGACAAGGUAAAUUAAGGCCAUGUUUAGAAGGGGGGGGGGAGUAGUUUAGAAGCGUGAAAGGGUGUAGGGUACGCAAAUGAUGUUAGAAAUUUAAAUAUCAUUACAUUUUAAAAGUUAUGAAUUGGGAUGAGUUUUUGCAAUUGCAGUUAGAAAUUAUCGCAAGGGAACUACCAUUAUUAUCCCGAUAACAUCGGAUCAUUUAUUCUAGUAUAUAUAUAUAUAAAGAGAGAGAUAUGUGCGAUUUUUUCGGUAACACCAUGACAUUUAAGGUCAUGCAGUGUCUAGGGGAAUUUAUUUAAACGUUUACAUCAUACGUUCCCCCCUUCCCCCCCCCCCACUUACUAGUUGGUCUUAAAGUAUACCAACGGGUACCUAAUAUUUUUUCAAUCUCAUAUUCCCAGGUACUCUGACAGGUGGGCUCUACUCCUACACGAUAACGAACCCGCUGGGCAGCGCUUGUAACAUUGACGCUACGGUCUACAACAGUGACUCGGACACACUUGACACCAGCACAUGCGAGGUCGUGGGGUUUGGAUCAGAUUCUCUGUCUUCAAGUAAAGACCGCUUUCAAACUUCAUGUCUGGAAAAUUAAUUAAUUUUAAUUUCUUUUUAACAAUUAAUGUGUUAUGUUGGAGUAAUAAGUCAAGUCUUUCCUCAUACUUCGAAUAUAUUGUUAGUUCCUUAAAGCAAACACAAAAAGUCAUAAAAGUGACUGGCGUUCUUUGAAAUCACCAGCUGACUGCAAAAGAUGUGACUCUCCAAGCAAACACAUCGCCUAGACCUUGCAGUUUUGACGGAGACACCUCGAGCGAAAUUACACCAUCUGUUUUUGAAUAUAGUACAUUAAAUCUUAAUUUCGUCCUUGGACUAUGCCGAACUUACCAGGAUCUUCAUAAAUGAAUAAAACCAAUCAAAGAUAUUUCAGAUCGAACAAUAUGAAGGAAAAAGAAACGUUUUUGUUGUAUUGAAAUGCGCCCUUUUUCGGCCUACAGACGAGUUGUUUUUUUCUUGUUGGGGCGGCUACAGCCUCGGUCCUGACGCUAGCUCCGCCCCUGGCUGGAUACUUUAAUCAUUGAUUUACCUGUGACGAUUUUCUUCUUAUUAUUAUUGAAUUGCAUACAUAAAUACAUUGGAUAUUAAAUAUAUAGCAUCAUUCACAGGCACAAUAACGUGAGUCUCAGCAAGUCAGCUAACAUCCAGGAAAAAAAACACGAUUUUCUAAAAAAGUAGAUUGUGUUUUGAUAAGUCAUUUUUUCCUCCUCAGAGAUUUAUGAUGGCGUGGUCUAUGCUUCGACCUUGACCAAGAGCAGCAGCAGUCCGUGCUGUGACGUCAUAAUGAAUUCCCUGACGUCAUCGCAGAAAGGCGUCAUACUGGAUAGUACUGCGUCGUUCAACUGUUUGAUAGCGACAGGCGCUGUCUGUGGGGUAAUGAUUUGCACUGUCUGUGUGUACUGUAUGUAGGGUAAUGAUAUAAUGUACUAUCAGUAUGUUAAUAAUAUAUACCGAAUAUAGGGUAAUGAUUAGUGCCGCCUGUGGGGUAAAGAUUGUUACUGUAUGUCGAUAAGGACUACUACUAUAUGUGGGGUAUUGAUUAGUGUUGUAUGUCAUGAAAUUAUCAGUAUUGUCUGUGGGGUGAUAAUCAUGAGUAUCAUCAGUAUGUUAGGUUUUGAUUAGAACUAUCCGUCGGGACAUGAUAAGCAAUAUAUGUGGGAUAAUUAUUUGUAAUGCAUGUGGGGUAAAAUGACUAGAAUUGCCUGUUGGGGCAUACAGGGCGUAGUAGGGCUGGUGCGGCAGAGGUUCCCCACCACCGAGGGCGGCACUUACUAGUAUUUAUUUGGGGUGCUGCAUCUCUGCGUCACUGCCACACAACGUGUGGGAUGUUCCACAUCGGAGAUGAGGGUGUUUUUACGUUCCAAUGGCCUUAGUUUGGCAUGUGAUGGCAGAUUCGCAUCACUAUCUCUUGAUUAUAAAAACUAGACGUUAUUAAUGUCAACCAUAUCAAAACAUUGAUUCUAUAAUGAUCUUCCCAAAUGAUAAAGAAACAAAAAAUAUGAAUUUAAAUUAUUAAAAAAAAUAUGAAUUUAAAUUUAUUAACCUAGACACUGAAUAAUACGACAAACAUGUUGGAAUCCAUUCGUUAAAAAUAUUUCCUUCUUAUUAAAAGGACUAAAAAUAAUCCCGCGAACCGGAUUCGAACCAGUGACCUAAGGAUUGCUUCGCCCAUACUACAGUCCUCCGCUCUACCAACUGAGCUAUCGCGGGAUAAAGAUAUUCAGAUAAAAUCCUGUUUUGACCGUAGACCGUACAUUGGCGAUUAGAGAAAGAUUACCUUAUGCAAAAGAAAAUCCCCAGUGGCAUCCAGGCCACACUGUUCAACUAAAGUGAUCAAUCAAAAAUAUUCCCAAGAAGACUUUCCCUUAAUUAUUAAUGUAUGAAUGCAAACUGUUUUGAUUCUUUGAAACGUUCAAUAUUGGCGACCAUUCCCCCCCUCCUCCCCCCCCCGAGGAUAGUAGCCUACUUGACACUUUUUUGUGUGUGUGUGUGUGACUAUGGAAAUGUUAUAACCGAAGACUUGAGACCUUUGAGCUGUUUAGAGUCACAAGUCACAACUUGAUGUUAAUUAUUUUUUUUUACCGAGUCCUCUUUUCAACCAACUUAAUUAAAUAUGGGGGCCACACAUUUAUUCCAAGUUCAUCAAAUACUUUUUAUUGAGAGCUCCCCCCCCCCACCCCUCCAGCAUAAAAAGGGACUGCAUCAAUUCUAAUAAAAUACUAAGCCCACAGCUUAAAGGACCUAAUUGCUCUCUCCCGCUCAAAACCCUUUGAGAAAGGUGUACACUAAAUAGACUUUACAAUGUUUUUGAUUGAAUAGGAUUUAUUCUUUAAAUGGUUCAGGUAUUUUGUUAUUACGAGGAAAUUGAAUUUACGAUUUGUAGAAAAGUGUGGGAGAGAGCGGGCAUGUCGGGGGCUAUUUUAGGGGUAAAUAAAUCAAAACAUUGCCAUAUAAUAUCAUCCCCGCCUUAUAGUCCUACCUCGUAAGACAUCUAAAUCUGUAUACCAUUGCCAUGCUACAUAUCUUCAGCGUAAGAUCCGGCUACUAAUCUAACGUACCACCAUGCCACAUAUCUGCAGUGUAAGACUCGAUGGCUUAUAUAGCGUCACAAACAUGGCACAUAUCUGCAGUGUAAGACUCGAUGGCUUAUAUAGCGUCCCAAACGUGGCACAUAUCUGCAGUGUAAGACCCGAUGGCUUAUAUAGCGUCCCAAACGUGGCACAUCUCUGCAGUGUAAGACCCGAUGGCUUAUAUAGCGUCCCAAACGUCGCACAUAUCUGCAGUGUAAGAACCGAUAGCUUAUAUAGCGUCCCAAACGUGGCACAUAUCUGCCAGUGUAAGACCCGAACUCUAAUCUACCUCCCCCCCCCCUUUUUUUUUGUGUUGAAGCAUGGGGGGUCAUCGUUCAGUACGUUUUCCAAAUUAAAUCGUUUCCGAGAGUAUGAAUGGCGAGACUAUGUUCAAGCCUAAUUGUUAUGUAAGUAAAAGUUGGAAUAAGGACCCUACAUUGAGAUCUGUAUAUACUUAAUUUAAAAAAAAUAAUUUAUUUUUUUGUUGUUUAAUGUCGUCCGUUUAAUUUUCCUAUCUUCCUUCCACCCCCCCCCCGGCCUAAACACGUUUUUGUUCCACUAUUUAAUUUAAUUUAUCAUAUCCGAGACUAGUUUGCAGGGCCAGCAGUUCGGGUCCCUGCUGCAAUCCAACCGAUGCUGGCAGUACAGAACUGAUAAACAUCUCAAUUUUUUGUGUGUAUCAUAGUUUACAAGAGACUGGUUUUCGUUCGUCAUUGUCACGAUGAAUCGAUUUGCUUGUUUUAAGUAUGUUAAAGUUCAUUCCAUUCUCUGAUCUAAAUUCAAUGUGCCGACUGCAUAGUCCACCUGCUUCCGAAAUGGUCUUCAUUCAGAGAUCAAUGUCUGAUACUUUUAGUUGUGGCAAAUAAAAAAAAACAUGUCACUAAUGACUGUACUAUUAGUAAAUUGGUAGCAGUACUUGGCAGUCGUACUUGGUAGAAGAACUAAUACAUUUAUUGUGACUUUUGGGUGUAAACAGAGAAACUUUAAAUUACUCUCAUUUAUUCAAGGAAAUUUUAACGUAUCUUUAGUAAAAUGUACUCCUUAAUGUUAGCUAGAUUCAAAACAUUGAUUUUAUAUUUAGCUUGUAAUGAAUUUCACCAAAGUGAUUAAGAAACAAAAAGGUUUUUACAUUAUAAAUUAUUAUACUAGACACUGAAUAUUGUGACAAAAAAAUGUCGAAAUCUAAAAGUGUAAAACAUAACUUUAAAAAGGUUCCCGCGAACCGGAUUCGAACCAGUGACCUAAGGAUAGCUUCGUUCAUUCUACAGUCCUCCGCUCUACCAACUGAGCUAUCGCGGGUUACUUGGAAAAACACCAAAUCCGGUUUUGACCGCACUCCGUAUAUUGGCGAUUAGAGAGACAUUUCUUGACGCGUAAAAAAAAAGACCCCUAAGGGCUAAUACGUUAAACGGCUAAACUGUUCAACUAAAGUAAUAAAUCAGAAUUAUUCUCAAGUUGAUUUAAUGCAUUAUUUUGAUUCUUCAUAAAUUUCAAUAUUUGUGGCUACUUCCCUUCCCCCUUUUUGUUAUGGAAAUGUUAUACCGAAGACUUGAGAUCAUUGAGCGGUUUAGAGUCAAAAGUCACAAGGUGAUGUCAUUAAAAAAAAAAAGAAAUAUCUUCCCUUAGGUAAUACGAUGGGCCUAAAAAUUUCGUGCUGUACCGUUGGCUCUCAGAGGCGUACCGAGGGUGUUUGGCACCCGGGGACAAGAUUCGCGCCCGGGGACAAGAUCCAUUUUAAAGCGCCAUUUUUUCUUUUUUUCAACUCUCAAACCCAUUAAUUUCAUCAAUAAAAUAAUAUCAAAGCACAUAUUGGCGCCCGUAACUAGCUGGCGACUGGGGACAUCUGCCACCCCUUCGCUACGCCUCUGGUUGCUCUUAAUAGCCCUUGUUGUGAUUCAGAAAUGUGUGUGCACUGUGUGCCCUGUGAGCACUUUAUGCCUUCUGCGCACUGUUGGCACUGUGUGACCUGUGAGGAAUGUGUGCCCUGUGUGAACGCUCGAUUUUUGAAUACGCGUUGCUGUGAGUGCUGCUUUUCUGGUAUAGGAUAAAUACUGUAAACCAGCAGUUAAGUCAUCUAAAUGAUGACUAAUGAAGACUCUAUUGCCUUUAUUUAACUAGGCGAGUUAAUAUUUUUCUAAACCGUCGAACAGUGCAGUCAUGCGUGACCUGCGAACUUUUCGUUCUCUUUUGGGAUGUGGGGGAGGGGGGGGGCGACUAUUAAAAUAUUCAAUAAAGAGCCACGGGUAGGGUUUAGGACUGUCUGUAGUUCUAUUGUGUAAAUGCCUGCGGGUAAUAUUUAAGACUCUCUAUAGUCCCUUUUCUCAAAAUACUCGGACCCGGUAAUAUAUAAUGUAGGCCUUGUCAAAUUGUUUUUUUAAUUUAUUUAUUUUUGAUGCAAUGAGUUUAGUGAGACAAUGCUAAACACUAAUAGUAUAUAGGAAAUGUAAAAUACCUUGUUACUGGUACACCUCCAUAAAAAUGUGGAACCAAAACGAGUGAGAUUGUCGACAGGAAGCAUGUGUCAGCGGACAGAAACAAUUAAAUUCAUCAAAUAAAGAGAAGGGACAAGAAAUUUCUAUGCCAAAAUUUCAUUAGUACUGUCUCCUGAGGAAGUUCUCUCAGCCGAAACGUUCUUCUUUGACUGUCCUGUCUUCAGAGUCAAGCUUCCUCAAUCCUUGUUCUACUAUUUCCUUCACAUGGCUUUGAACACAGUCCUUUAUUCAUUAGUUGUUACAAAACGUCCUCGCUAAUGAACCGUCAACUAUAAAUUAUGGGGCGCAAUAACUUUUCUGACUCUCUCACGCUCAGUAUUAUGACUAUUUUUAAUUAUAUAUAAUUUUUUUUAAAAUUUAUUCCUUUAUAUAUUUAUUUAUUUAUAAUAUGUUAUUUAGUUAUAAAGUUUUUAAACAUAUUUUUUAUAAUAUAAAAGAGACCCAUUUACAGAUCAAAUUUUUAAAAUCAAUAACUUUUCAAUUCUUCGCUUUGUUUUUCAAAAAGGUAAUAAUUGGUAUUUAGUUACAUUACUACAACCAAAAAAUUUUAUUUAAAAAGAAAAGGUCAUUUCCAAAACAAAAGCCCAAAUCCUCAGCGCCAUCAAAUCUGAUACUUUUCAAUAAGUCAGUUUUUAUUUAAAGCAAUUCAGAGGAAUUCACGUGAAAAUAAAAAUAUUCCCGCGAACCGGAUUCGAACCAGUGACCUAAGGAUCGCUCUCUUCAUUCUACAGUCCUCCGCUCUACCAACUGAGCUAUCGCGGGUUACAUGUACAUUCGGUUAAAUUUUUAGAAAAACGGAAUGUCGAUCGGAUAAUCUAGUAAUAAUAUCAUUUUAACAUCCCGGGGGCAAAAAUCCAGGUGCUUUUCUGCCCUCCCUACGAUAGUGUCAAUGGAGACCUGGUCGGAUUGUGACACUUUAAGCAUUUAUGGAAGUGAGAAGGUGUACGCGUGCCAGUGUCACGGUAACAUUGUUGCAGGAUGAGCUACAACACACUCAAAAUGUUGAUAUGAAAAUCAUUAUAGCGGGCGAGCGUCUGGUCAGUCCCAUCCAAAGAGAAACGACCAUCUCGAUGACCUAACUUUACAAGGUUAACCGGACGUGCCGCGUGGUCAAAGGCGUAGAUUGAGGAGGUCCUUCGGGUGUCUGUCAUUCCUUUAGAAGCUUGGUUCUUUAAAAUACAAAUGUUGACAAAAUCUUUAGUCUACUAUCGGAUAUUUUCUACAGUAAUUUGUGGGCCUACUCUGCAGUUGAACAGAAAACUUAAUUAAUUAUAUUGGACUAUUGUCCAGACAAAAGAAACUUUGUAGUUUCGGACGUAAAAUUAAUUUAUUUUGCAUUCUCGCUACGAUAUUUUAUCUAAUAACGCAGUAUCGAACAUUUGAGAACCACUGUAAGUAGUGUAAAAAAAGCAACUUAUACUUUAUCAUUCCGUCUCACACGUGACCGCGUUGUCACCAUCAUGUGAACGUCCCCAUAUGUAGGCCUCUUUUUUUUCCAAUAUUUUCCGUUGCCUACAACAAGAAAUAUUAGCCCGAGCCUUACAGCGUACUGACCUGGGGGUCACGAUAGUGUGGCGCGGAUUAAGUUCCAUUACAGCACGAAGACAUUGUCUCCACUCGCGAUGUUUUAAAGCUUACGAACGGCCAAGUUAAGGUUAGAUUGAUUUUUGGUUGCGAAUGGGCUCGUCAAAGUUAGAUUUUUUUUGGGCAACGAACGGGCUCGUCAAAGUUAAGUUGUCUUGGUAAAUAGUUGGUUCAUCAAAGUUAGAUUGUUUUGGGUAACGAAUUGGUUCGUCAAAAUUAAGUUGUUUCGGUAACGAAUUGCCUCGUCAAAGUUAGAUUGUAUUGGUAACAAAUUAUGGGCUCAAAGUUAGUCUGUUUAAGGGUGCUGACGCUCACUGAAAGUGAUGGUGCACGUAGAGUCUAUUGAGGGUAGGAUGGGCAUAAGAUAGGAUGGAAUUAGUUUAGGGUGCACAAACAGUGGGGGGGGGGCUUUGAGGUCUCAUAGAUUAGUGUACACAUACCGUAGGACGCAUUGGGGUGUAGGGUCAUAUAGAUUGGUGUGUACAUACAAUAUUGUAUACAUACGGCAGGACACAUUGAAGUAUAUUGUCAUAUAUUAUAGUGUGAAAAUCCCGUAGAACGCGCUGAGGGUAAGGUCACAUAGAUUGGUGUGUACAUACAAUAGUGUACACAUACAUCAACACGCAUUGAGGAUAGUGAGUCACAUAUUAUAGUAGUGCGCACAUCCAGUAGGACGGCUUGAGGGUAGGGUCACAUUGAUUGGUGUGUACAUAAAACAGUGUGCACUUUCAUUACUGCUCACAUACAGCGUUGUACGCGUGUGUUGGAGUGCACGUAAUGUAGAGUGUAAUUUAUCUAUGUCCUUAUAACAUAGCUUCAUCCAUUUCUUUUAUCUCAACCCAAAGUCAGGUGAUCUCGGCGCCCCUGUUUACUGCAACACCACGUCAGGGGCCACAGUGGUGACCGGUCUGACUUCCUCCACACCCUGCGCCAGCAGCGACACCUUCUUAGUGCACGACCUCACGCAGGGCGCCACCAACUUCAAGUUCGGCUACUAGUGCCCCACGGCAACGACCAUCAGGACUCCCUAGGUCACUGCAGCCGAAUGUUUCGCUCUACUGUAAAAUCAUUUUUUUUUCGAUACAUUCAAAUAAAGCAGUAAAAUUGUAUAGAGUGACUUAACUAAAUAGGUAGAUAUGGUGUUUGUUGUCAUUUGGUAGGCCACCCCUAACAAGAGUGAAAAAAUGUUAAUCUUUUAUUAUUAUUAUUAUUAUUUCUGAAGAUUUUAAAAUAACGUAUGUCAUUAUUUCAAAAAACUAAAAUUAAGGAAGAUAAUAAUAUAAUGAAUACAUUUGUUUUCAGUGCUGGCUGAAUAACAGCUAUUAUAAAAUGAAAGUCAAUAUAUAUA